CUCGGCUCCUCCACGUCAUAUGCGCGUCCGGAACGCGUAAAUUAGAAUAAUGAAAUAUCGUUGAUAAGAAGAGGCUUACCCCCUAGCACGGAUAUGCGCUCUUGAAUUUUAACACCAGUUACGAUUUCACCAGUAAGGUCCUCCUCAUCCGAAAUCGUAUUUUCCUGUUUUUUUUUUAUUACGUUUUCUUGAUUGAAUCUGAAACGUUUUUAUGUUUGCGAUCAUGUCUCUGUAACUUCACGAUCACUACCUAUCGUUCCCUUUGGUGUGAGAAUUGUCAGAUGCGUUUGCGAUUCUGUCUUUCGUAUGAUAUUUUUGACUUUUUUUUUUUACUUCGCAAUGUUUCUCAAUUUCGCAUAGAGAGGUUAAUCAGCCUGCUAUACCAUUUGGGGGGGGGGGGGUUCCUUUUUUGAAAUCCGUCUGUUGUAUGUGUUGAGACAGUUGGAAGCUUUUUGGGUCAUGUGACCGCUACUAAUGGAUUGUGUGUGCAUUUGGAACUGAGAUUAAUCUUGCGAAUUUGAUAUGGUUUAGGAAAGUUAGUCGCAUCAUUCAUGAUUUCAUAGAUUUUCUUUUUUUUUUUGGAUGAAAGGCAUGAUUUCAUAGAAUUGGAGCCUGCACUUGCAUGAAAUAGUCCCCUAUCCUUAAAUGAAUUUUUCCUGACAUGGCUUGAUCUGUUUUUCAUUAGUCGUAUGUAGGUCGGAGUUUGAUUUAUGGAGUUAAAUAAUGUGAAAAGCCAAUUAUUUAUAGGGUUGAGCUCCUCAAAUUUACUUUUUUUUAGUAUCGCACCAAAAAGGUAUGUUCCGAUUAUCUCUAUUAAGUUUCUGCUUGAAGAAUGGUCAAAGUUUGGAAUACAUGGAUUUGAACUUCAUAUAUUUAAGAGAUUCUGAAAGAAAACAGUGAGAGGAAAAAGGAAAGUAAUGGCUUUGAAUCUGAUUCCCUGCUUACGCUUGAAGAUAUAGCUGUAUGGUGUGUGUGUGUAUGCUUAUACACGUGGGAGUGCACACAUGUACGUACUCCUAUUAACAUCUUAAUCUCAUGUACUCCUUACCACUAUCUUUUAGGUACUUUUUGUUUCUAUACGUGAAAAAUGGGAGGAGGAGAUGAGCAUAAUAAGCACGGAGAGCAAGACAAGGGAUUGUUUUCUAAUUUAGCACACCACCUCCAACCACAUGGGGGUUAUCCGCCUGGGGCAUAUCCCCCGCCACCAGGGGCAUAUCCCCAGCCACCCGGGGCAUAUCCUCCACAAGGUUAUCCUCAAGCAGGCGGUUACCCUCCCAAUGCAUAUCCUCCGCAUGGUUAUCCUCAAGCAGGUUACCCUCCCAAUGCAUAUCCUGCUGGUCCAUCUGCUCCACACUCAACCAGUUCUGGGCAUCAUGGACCUGGUGUUGGGUCAAUGUUAGCGGGUGGAGCUGCAGCUGCGGGACUUGCAUAUGCAGCUGGUCACAUGUCACACGGAGGGGGUAGUCACUUUCCACAACAACAUGGAGCUAUUCCAUUUGGCGGGCAUGGUGGUUAUGCCAGCGGGCAUGGUGGUUAUGGCAGCCAUGGCAAGUUCAAGCACGGGAAGCAUCAUGGCAAGUUCAAGCACGGGAAGCAUCAUGGCAAGUUCAAGCAUGGGAAGGGAGGAAAGCAUGGAGGCAUGUUCAAAAAGUGGAAAUGAUUUAUUUAACUUGCUCUUUCUUUGUACACAAUAAACAACAUAACUGCUAUGGGGUUUGCGGUUAAAGAUUACUAGUUUGGUGAUUUCUGCGCUGUAUAGCAGCUGGUAGAUAGAGAUCUCCUACCCUAAUGACUUAUGCACGUGUACGCAAAUAUAUGUACACACUGUCCAUCUAAAUUAAUGCGUUUGUAUCUGUAUGUUUGGUUCUCCCUUCAAACAAUGAAUAAGGCUAACCGCAACCCAGUUCCGUCAAUAAAUCAAAUUCCCCACAACAUUAUACGUAUUCAUUCAGUCAAUUCGGUUUUUGUUGCAAUCCAGUACCGUCAAUAAAUAUUCAUCUAACAAAG